AUGGCAACCCCUCUAAAGAUCUCGCGCAUUCUCUUGGCCUUGCUUUGCAUCCUAUGCAGGCUGCUUGUACACAGCAAGUACGCUUCCUGGAGAGAAUUCAUGGAACUACACUACUUAAGUCCAAGCCGAGAAUUCAAAGAGUACAAAUGUGACAUCCUCAUGAGAGAAAAAGAAGCUUUAAAAGACAAGAGCUCUCACACGUUCAUCUAUACCUUGUGGUACAAAAUUGGACGUAUAUGCGUUUAUGACAACUGGAACAACCGCUAUAGAAAUACAUAUAUAUGGGCCCUAAGUGCCAUCAAAGUUCUCGAGUGUCACUGGGAGAAGUACUAUAAUAGGUACAAAGAGAGCAGAAGUUUCAACUACAUUGAAUUCCACUGUAGCAUGGAUGGGUAUGUGGAUAGCAUAGAGGAUCUGAAGUUGUUGGAGACCAUCAGCAACUAG